UUCAUUUUCAGAAGAAAGAAAAAAUGGGCGGACCUGAAGCUGACAAGGAUGUCCACAUCUCCCUGGAGGAUCAGCAGAAGAUUAAUAAAUUUGCGCGGCAAAACCAGCGCAUGGAAGAACUCAAAGACGACCUCAAGGUUAAACAGUCUGAGAUCCAGACUCUUAUUGAUGCAACUAGUGAUGUAGAAGAGUUCUCUCUCACUGCUGAUGAUGGAGAUAAGAUUCCAUUCCAAAUUGGAGAGAUCUUUGUUCUAGAGAACCCUGAUACUGUACAGACUAUGAUUCAACAAAGGAAAGAUGAAGUUGAAGAGGAAAUAAAGCAGAUUAAACUGAAAGCUGAUUCAGUCAGAUCUGUGAUGUCAGAUCUGAAGACGCAUCUUUACGCCAAGUUUGGUGACGCAAUCAACCUGGAAGCUGACGAUUAAUCAAUCAAUCAAUCCACCUUUUACAUCGUAUUUGAUGAAUUAUUUAACUGAUAAUUGACGUCACAAGUUCUCAAAUAAAGCAACACACUUUA